AAUCACUCAAGGAUGUAUGCGAAACUUCUGAGUUCAAAGAUGCAUUAUUUUCGUAUUGAGUGGAGAGAAAGAGUGAGUUUGUCGGAUAAUAUACAUAAAAGUUCCUAAAAAGUAUUAAAAAACUACCACGUAUAUUGUAUUAGGACGCCACGGUGUUCGUUUAAGGUUAACUGGAAUCGUAAAAAUCUACCGUCAAAUCGAGCUAUUUCAUCAUCUAAUCUGUAUUGUACCGGUCCCUACCUAGUACAAGGUAAAUUUGCUUGUAGUCCUAACGUUUUGUAUCACACGAGUUUGCAGUUUGGUAUAGGAAAAUUGUUACAUUUGCGGUAUGGAUCAAAGGGAGCUGCCUUCGGACAGUGACGAGAGUGAUGAAGAUUAUGUGCCUUCAGGAGCUGAAAGCAACCCACCUUCAGAAGAAGAAUCGGAUGAAAAUGAAGAAGCCAAUGAGGACGCAAGUGAAGAGGAACCAGAAGAGAAGGGAAAACGAAAGAGAAGUUCCAAAAAGUUGAAAACCAAAACUGCUAAAAGAUUGAGGAGAAAGAAAUUGGCUCCUGAAAAUGAUGAGAAAGAAGAAGUCAAAGAAACACUGGAAGAACAAAAUGUUUUGACUGAAGAAGAAGAAAAGAAAAAGGCAGACUCCUUGUGGUCUGAUUUCCUUAAAGAUACAGGGUCAGUUUCCAAAAACAAGAAUGAUGCUUCUCUUCCAAAUGGCAAGUCUGAUAGAGAAGCAACUGUUAUGAAGCAAGAGGAAAAUAGAGAGAGAGAGAAUAAAGUGACCAUAACAAAAGUGUAUGAGUUUGCUGGAGAAGAAGUAAAGGUUACAAAGGAGGUUCCAGUUGAUUCUGUAGAAGCAAAAACAGCAGCUACAAAGCCUCAUUCAACAUCUCUCUCUCCCGCGCCUGCAGCUGGAAGAGGCCAAGGAAAGGCAAGAGGUGGAUUGUCCUCAGUGCUGGGCAUGAUAGGUAACAAGAAACAAAAAUUGGGAACUCUUGAGAAGUCCAAGCUUGAUUGGGAUCGUUUUAAGAAAGCUGAAGGUAUUGAAGAAGAACUUCAAACGCACAAUCGUGGUCGUGAUGGGUACCUUGACAAACUGGAUUUCCUGCAGAGGACUGAUAUUAGGCAAUUUGAGUUGGAGAAACAACUGAGAACAUCACGGAGAAGUAAUAGAUGAGCAUUCUACUGUAUUUAGGUGCAAAAUCUGCAUGUGUGUGCAGUGGAAUGGACCAAAUUCUUUUCCACAAAGUUCUGUCAAAGGCUGGAAUUUUAUCUCUUUAAUCAUCAGUAAUAUGUCGGCUUCUCAUCCUGAGUCCUUAGAUGUUCCUUUCAAAUGGACAUAACUUGUAAAGGCUAAUGGGAAUUAAAUUUCUGGUGAAUGUCAUAAAAUUUGAAUCCAGUGGCAUAUUUUUAUGUAUCUUGAUUAUAUUGUACAACAUCGUUACCAUAUGCCACAGCUUUCAUAUAAUCCCAUCACCAUAGGACACUUGAUCUUCACGCUUAAUUAUUGUUCCAGUAUUAACACAGCUGUAGCUGUUACGACAUACAUGUACAUAUUUGUGAUUUAUUUACUAGAUGGUAUACAUUCCUUGUUAAGUAUUUACAUUUUGUAAGCAUUGUCUAAGUAACUGUCAAAACAGAUCACAAUGUAUCAUAUAAAUAAAACAGUAAGUAGACAUGCAGAACUGACUGACUAAUAAUUUCUUUGUCUAGUGAAUACUGUUUUUUCAUAAUAUAUGCCUUCCUCUUGCUUUAGCUGAAAA